AUGGAGGCUCUCUGGUCCUUUGUCGACCAGCAUUGGUGGCUGACUAUCUUCGCCCUGACCUUCCUGCUUAAGGGCGUGCGCACCGUCGUGAACGCCAUUGCCUUCUACGCGCUCUACAGCCCCACGCCCAUCCCCGAGAAGCCCACGUACACGGCCGACGAUGUCACCGUCAUCCUGCCCUCCAUCGACGGUGAUGGCGACGAGCUGCGGGAGACCGUCGGUUCGAUCCUGCGCUGCGCGCCUGCAGAAAUCAUUUUGGUGACGAUCGACGCCAACGUCAACCGGGCCAAUAAGAUGAUAGACGCCAUGGGCGGCGCCGCCCAGAAGACGAUCCGAGUUAUGAGCGUCGCCCAAGCAAACAAGCGCCGCCAGAUGUGCGCCGCAAUCCCGCAGGUCAAGACCAAGAUCAUCAUCUUCGCCGACGACGACGUGACCUGGGGCGAACGUCUGCUGCCCUGGAUCCUGGCCCCCUUCGAGGACCCCAAAAUCGGCGGCGUCGGCACCAACCAGAAGAUCAAGAGGAACCCCGACUUCCGCUAUCUCUCCCGAGAGUACCUGUGGCAGUUUCUCGGGGAAAUGUACAUUCGGCGCCGCAAUUUCGAUAUCACGGCCUGCACCCAGAUGGACGGGGGUCUCCCCUGCCUGUCCGGCCGCACCGUCGCCUACCGCGCGCGUAUCCUGCAAAACGGCGAUUUCACCCACGGCUUCCAAAACGAGAAGUGGAACGGCUACACGCUCAAUGCUGACGACGACAACUUCAUCACCCGCUGGAUGGUCUCGCACGGCUUCGACACCACCGUCCAGUACCACCACGAGGCCGAGGUCCAGACGACGCUCGAGUGCAACCCGCGGUACUUGCGCCAGUGCCUGCGCUGGGUGCGGAGCAACUGGCGGAGCAACCUGACAACCAUGUUCGUUGAGCGCCACACCUGGACCCGCCAGCCAUGGAGCACCUACGCCGUGCAGCAGACCACACUGACCGCCUGGGCCCUGCCGUAUGACCUGACCCUGUUCUACACCUGGUACCGCGCCAGCCUCAGCGAGGACUACCACUACGACACCAGCAUGGCCGGCGCCAUUGCCCUGGCCGCCUGGAUCGUCUUCAGCAAAUGCACCAAGCUGAUGCCUCACUUCGUGCGGCACCCCGAGGACACGAUUCUGCUGCUGCCCGUCGUCGUCGUGUUCGGCUACGUCCACGGCUUGAUCAAGUUCUGGGGCUUGGUCACGCUCAAUGCUACCACCUGGGGCAGCAGACCCGCCGCCGAUACCGACGACGCCAUCCGAAUGGAGCGGCCCAAAGCGCAAGCAGGCUUUGCGCAUUCGGACAACGAAAAGUUAUCACUGCAUUCUUCAAAAUAG